GUUUUACUUCCGCGCGCAAUAGCCACCAAACUCGGCUAACUCAGUUGUGGCGAGAGCGUUCACAUCCCACUUGAACGUGAAAGUCCAGUGAACAUUUGGUUGGCAUAACCUUGACCCUCUCACCCAUCUUGACUGAAUCGCCGAUCUGCUUUGCUGUUUUCUCUUGGCUGUGACAAUCUGUCUGAUGGUCAUUAUAAUAGCAGUUCACUACUGAUACAGACAAGAGUACCAUACGUAAAUCUUGCGGGAGGUUCACCAACUUUAUCAGAAAGUACUGUAGGACCACAGGCCUCAUUGAUCAUCAUUGUAAUCAUAUCAACAGCUUCAUUGCUCAACCAAACCAACCACUGCCAGCCCCACAGGAUCCACUGUCACCAAGAACCCAUUUACUAUAGCUUUUAGUAAUAUUUUACUUACUGAAGAAAGCGUAGAGGCAUGGAGUCUGCGUCAGCCCCUGUACUUAUUGGUGGACUUAUUGACUGUGUAGCCCAGUUAAUACGAAUAGCUGAAGAGCUUUUACAGUUGAUCUCACAAGAACAGGUUCCUUGUAUGGAGCAAAAUGAUGAAGCAGAAGAAGAUGCUUUUUUUUCUGAGGAAGCUCCACUACCAGACCUUGCUCAUCUCCCAGACUUAGAAUUAAUACUGACACCAAGAGAAGAUGAAGACCUACUCUUUGAUGUAGAUCAAGUUAUGUUAGAAAUGGGUGAAUUAUAUGAACAACAACUCAGUAGUGUUAACAACGAGUUAAGAAAUGGCUAA